AUGUCACUUGGGUCGCUAUCAUCAGCGCUCUACAUCAACGCUCCCGGUUCUCAAAAAUCGCCUGCGGCCGUGCGGCUCAAUUCCACUGCAGUCUUUACCAUCCUCGACCACCAUCUCCGCAAACGAGAUGACCAAAAACGCGUGAUCGGUACGCUUAUGGGCAUAAGGACUGAAAAUGAUGUCGAGAUUCGGAGCGCAUUUGCCGUCUUGCACUCCGAGUCUGCAGACCAGGUGGCUAUCGACGAGGAAUACUUUCAGAACAUGUUCGAGGUUACACAAAAGGUUCAGCCACGCGAACAGAUUAUCGGAUGGUACUCGACUGGCCCAGAGCUCAACAACUUUUCAGCACUCUUCCAAAACUAUUAUUCGCACCAGACUGCACCUCAUCAGGCCGUUCAUCUCACAGUAGAUACGGGAGAAAAGUCUGGAGAGCUGAGUAUCAAGGCAUAUCUCGGAUCACCAAUGGGUGUCUCCGCAAAGCCUGACAACUGCUCCUUUAUUCCGAUACCUGUACUCUUACGGCAUAUGGACAUUGAGCGACCUGGUCUCAACCUUCUCAAAUCGGCUGCAGAGGCGCCAAAUCAUACCACGUCUGUUCAUACCGACCUCCAGAUUCUCGAGCAAAGUCUGCUCGAGGUGAUUUCUAUGAUCGAGCGAGUGCAAAACUAUGUCCAGGGAGUCAUCGAUGGUGACCUUGAAGGCGAUGCGUCCAUUGGCAGGUAUCUAUUAGACACGCUCAACACGACCACCGAGGGUCUCGAGAAGGGGAAGCUCGAAUCGUUGUUCAACAUUCACGUUCAGGAUAAUCUCAUGAUCUCUUACCUAGCCAACCUUGUACGAUCACAAGCCGAAGUCUCCACAAGGCUUACACUUGUGACAUAA